AUGGAGGCUGCCCUGCAAAGCUUGUCCUGGCGUGUGGCAGAGAUGAAUUUGAAAGCUCACAUCCUUGUGGAUUUGAGCAAUGUCUUCAUGGGUUGCAGGAGGCUGCCCGACGGAGGCUAUGAUACUCAGCAGCGCUUGGAUGUCGAACGAUUCUCACAGAUUCUUUGCCACGGUCGCCGGGUGGGCACGAAGAUGGUGGUCGCGCCGCCGUCUGUCAGUUCUGUUAGCCUACCAGCAAAUCGCCAUUGGCAGGCUCAGAACUUUAGGGUGGUCAAUCGAGGACAGGCACCUGCCAGAACCUUGCUGGACGUCUUUGGCCGCGAUAGGCCUCAGAUCAUGGUUCUGUGCACCGGCGAUGGCUCUUAUGUGCGCACGGUGAGAGAGUUACUUCGGCUUGGUUGGCGGGUCGAGUUGCGGUGCUGGCGCGCGACUUGCAACGGAGGGUGCACCGAGUUCGCCAACAAUCCAUUGUUGCGAGGAUUUUUCCGAAUCUGCUACCUAGAUGAUGUACGCCAGCAAAUCACUUUUCAGCAGUUGGUGCUAGAGGGUAGUAGCAGAUUUGGAAUCACAGACAUGCCUCCCUCACCUCCUCAGCCGCGAGUACCAUCCCCUCUGACGGUCGCUCUUACGGCACAGCCAGCAACGCCAGAACAGGACGACUGUUUGGUGUGCCUCAGCGCCGUAGCCAGCUGCGAGUACCUGCCCUGCCGGCACCGGGUCCUUUGCACUCGCUGUGCCCAACAGUUGCUUCAGGAUCUUCGGGACACUCGGGGGUCAGAGCUAGGCAGCGGUCAACGACAAAGGGCCUGGAUGGCAUGUUGCAUUUUGUGCCGUAUGCCCUGGACAUCGAUCAGCCCAGCCGCAUAA